AUGACAUCUCCAAAGUUUGUUUUCUACCUGACAUGUUUAUUCUUGGUGAAGAAGGCUCCGCUGGUUGAACUGAAAUUGUCUUCGUCUCAGCAUCAAGCAACUGUUUUUUUAUCAGUUAAAGCAGGAGAAAAGUUGACUUUACAAUGUUCUUAUGACGUUGACAUUCCAGCAAGGAUUUACUGGUACAAACAAGUUCUGGGACAGAAACCAAGGUGCAUCUCUGCCUUCAGUGUGUUUAAUAAAAAUCACUCUUUUUAUGAUGAGUUCAAGAACGAUAAGCGCUUCACACUGCAAACUGGCAAUGGUAAAUACCACUUGAAUAUCUUAGAUUUACACAUUUCAGACUCAGCCACUUACUUCUGUGUGAGUAGUAAAUCACACAAAUUUGAAUUUGCAGAGGGCACUACUGUCAGUGUAAAGGGUUCAGGUUUGACCGUCCCAGUUUCGGUCCAUCAGUCAGCAUCUGAGCCCAUCCAGCCAGGAGGCUCUGUGACUCUGAACUGUACAGUACAAACUGGGACCUGUGAUGGAGAACACAGUGUUUACUGGUUCAAAAACUAUGAAGAAUCUCAUCCAGGACUCAUUUACACCCAUGGAGGCAGGAACGAUCAGUGUGAGAGGAAUUCCAGCACACAAACACACACCUGUGUCUACAACUUGCCAUUGAAGAGCCUGAAUCUUUCUCAUGCUGGGACCUACUACUGUGCUGUUGCCUCAUGUGGACACAUACUGUUUGGAAACGGGACCAAGCUGGACAUUGAGCAUGAGGUGGACUAUCUUGCCUCGGUGUAUUUCUUGAGUGGAGUUUUGGCAUUCAUAGCCGUCCAGUUGAUUUUACUGGCAGUCUUAGUGUACAAAAUGAACAGAAGAGAGAUGAACAGUUUCCAAUCUGCAGAACCAGAGUUUCAAGCAAGAUUUUCACCUCCCUCCACAACUGAAGAUGAGAGUUACAGAGAAGCCGACAACCUCCAUUAUGCAGCUAUCAGUGUUAACCUGCCCAAGAGAUCAAGAAGACAGACAAACAACACCAAGGAUGAAUGUGUGUACUCCACUGUCAAGAAGUAGAACUGGACAUGUGUAAUUUUUACUUUUUAGGUAAAACUGGAUUAUUUACAAUUCUUUCAAAGAGUAAUGUCGAUUUAGAUGUACAUCUUGAGAUAAAUGAUCUUUUUCUAUCAUAUUUGGUGUGGUGAUGGCGCAUAGAUAAGAUGCUUGCCUUUGGUGUGGGAGACCUGGAUUCGAUUCCCACUUGUGUCCCUGAGCAAGACACUUUACCCCUAGUUUCUCCAGAGGUGUGCAACCUCUGACAUGCAUAGCAAUUGUAAGUUGCUUUGGAUAAAAGUGUCAGCUAAAUGAGUUAAUGUAAUAUUUGUGGUCUGCAGACAUGAUAUCUCUAAACUUAAGUUCAAUUGCUGCCUUAAAAAUGUGAGUAAACUCAACUUUAAGAAAAGCUUUGUUUCAACCCAUGAUGUUACGUUAUACAAUUUGUUUAAUUAAUGAUAAUUUGUUGUUUGAACUUAAUACUGUGAGUUAAAACAACUAUCUAUAUUACAUUGUCCAUUCAAGGAAACUUGCUUUCACUUGUCUAACAAACAUA